AUGAAUAUAUAAUAGUUUGGUAUUGUUUUUAGAGAAAAUUAAUAUUGUCAGCUGAAAUUUUAGAUUAAAAAAUCAUAAUGUCGAGAUGAAAAGUGCAAGGAAAUCAUAUAAUAAUUAAUGGCAAAAAAUACAUUUUUAAAGAAUCAUGCUCUUUUUAUUUUUGAAAAGAACCUUGUUAGAAUAUAGAAAGCAGUGAUAAUUCUGAAUAUGUAAAAAAAUUUAAAUUAAUAUAAGCUAGCCCAAGGUAGAUAUUUUGAUGUAAGUAGAAUUUAAUUAAAAGACAUAACAUGCGUAAUUUUCUGCUUAAGUAGGAUGA